AUGAAGACACCCAGGAAGAGAAUAACGUUCAAGACGCCGAGGAAAGGUGCAAAGACGCCCAUGAGAGAUGGCGGGGCUUCUGAUGCCAAGGAGAACAGGGUUCAGAGAGAAGGGGAUAUAGAGAAACAGAAGAGCCCUGACUCUGCAUCCAGAUACAGGCAGAUUCUUGUUGAGAUGAAGAUGAAGGAAGAAGACUUGAUAGAAAGCUACAAGAGGGAGAACGAGUAUCUGAGAUCCCUAAAGACAGAUGCACUGCUCUACAAGAAGCUUGUUGGAUUCGACAUUGUCGAGAACAACGGGUGCUAUGAGGUGACCCACGAGGUUGUGUCCAACAACAUCACCAAGUCCAUCAAGUUUGUCCUGAUGCCCGAGGACAGCUCAUACAUCUACAAGCUUGUCGAGUCCAGGAAUGUCGAUCUUCCGGACUUCCUCAGCGAGGAGAUAACCUUCGACGAGUGCCAGAUAAAGACCUUCUUUUUCAAGGUGAUGGAGGCGGUCAUCACAAAGAAGAGCUGA